AUGGCUCUACUUCCAAGGUUUGAUCGUUAUUCAUCUCAUAAAGUGAUGGGAGCGGCGUGGACAUGGAGAGCAUGGUAUGGCCACGGGCAAUGUAACGGCGGAGAUAAAGGGGGAAAAGGGCCUGUUAGUUACAAGCUCUCUAUUAUUAGUUAUCCCCGCAUUUUGGCAAACACUGCCACUCUCGUCAUCACGGUAUGUACGUAUAUACCCUCUGUCCGCGAGGUUGGGACGGGAGAUCAGCAAGCCGCAGUAUUUGGGGAGUGUGAGAAGCUUCGAGAACAACCCGGCAUUGGUAACAGAGAACACGCAACGCCUCUCCGGAUUGGCUUGGAAAGCCGGCGGCUGUCAUGGACGCGGCGAUGUGCAGAAUAUGUGUCGUUAAACAUCUCGCAGCGCGGGUUGGACAAGAAAGAGGCUCAGGAGAUUUCAAUCCUACAAACUCAAACUCCUCACUAA